AUGGUUGCUAGACGGCAGGACGGUGCUAGCUAUACCCAAACAGACGCGACGCCGUCCGACUUCGAUGAGAAGACGCCGCUCCUCCACAACGCACAAGAGCCCUUUCCUGCGACGCAGAAAUCUAAAAGGUGGCUGAUACCUCAAAGGAUAACAGACGUGUUUGUCGGUGGCGUCAAGCUGCUCCUCACGCCCAUUGUUGUUACCGGGCACUACUUGGUUGCGUGUUUUCACUAUGAAGACGGGCGUUUCUCCCUGAUUGCGCCUGUAUACCACCUCAGUCAUCCUUUCACAAGAGCUCGUCGGAAGAAGCGGAUUGCCGUGACAAUGCAAGGAUCAGACUCAUCCGACACCCAAGAGAAAGGGAAGCGCAAGGGCAGAAGCAUCACCGCCACGCAGAAGGUCAAGCAGCCUCUCAAACGCUCGCCCUCAAACGUCUCAACAUCAACGGCAAUCACAUCAGACUCGGAGGUGGAGAGCGAGCGACCUUCAUCGAGAGAUGGCGACUACGACGCGCCUUCUCGCCAUACGCGAUCAAAGUCGACGACUUCUGCGAGCGAAGAGAUAGCACCCGCAAAGCGUCAGAUACGAAUCAAGCUACACAAUGAUGAGGCACUGAGACAGCGCAAGGCAGCGAAGAAGGCCAGCGUAAAAGGAAGCCCUACUCUGGUGUCGGUCGAAGCUGCAAACGCACUGAAGUCGCCUGCUAGCCCUAUAACCUCGAAGCAGCUGACAAAGUUCCCUCGAGCGCCACAACCCCCACGCCCCCUUGUUCCACGGCGCCAGCCGUCGUAUUCUGCAGCUACUACCACCUCGGUCGGGCCACACCAGAAAACGUUGAUUCUAGAUCUCGAUGAGACGCUGAUCCACAGCAUGGCCAAAGGCGGCCGAUAUACAACCGGCCACAUGGUCGAGGUGAAGCUGCAGCAGCCAGUAGGAGCGGGCGGCCAGAUCAUCGGCCCGCAGGUCCCAAUCUUGUAUUAUGUGCAUAAACGACCACAUUGCGACGAGUUUCUGAAAAAGGUGUGUAAAUGGUACAACUUGGUAAUCUUCACCGCUUCAGUGCAGGAGUACGCAGACCCAGUCAUCGACUGGUUGGAGACGGAGCGCAAGUAUUUCGCGGGAAGGUACUACCGGCAGCACUGCACGUUUCGCAAUGGGGCUUACAUCAAGGAUCUGGCUCAGGUCGAGCCUGACCUCAGCAGGGUCAUGAUCAUUGAUAACAGCCCUAUGUGCUACGUUUUUCACGAGGACAAUGCCAUUCCUAUCGAAGGAUGGAUCAAUGACCCUACGGAUCAUGGACUUCUGCAUCUGAUACCGCUCCUUGAAGGCCUUCAGUAUGUCACCGAUGUUCGCGCCUUGCUUGCUCUGCGGUUAGGUCAGCCGCAAACUGCCUGA